AUGGAGAAAAUUGUUGAAUUUGUACGUAAACAACGGCCUUUAAUGAGGCAGAAAGGACCACAAAGAAACGACGUUGCAUUCACCCAUUUAAUGAUUAAAUCAUCAAGAUCUGACAAACAAGCUGAUCGUGUUGAAAUUUCCCCUGAACAACUGUCAGCUGCAUCUAUUAAGGCAGAGGAAUUAGCCAUAGAACUUAAACAACCCCUCAGGGUACUUGGUUGGUACCAUUCACACCCACACAUCACAGUUUGGCCAUCUCAUGUUGACGUCCAAACUCAGGCCAUGUACCAAAUGAUGGAACCAGGCUUCAUUGGGCUCAUCUUUUCCGUUUUUAAUGAAGACAAAAACUCAAAGCAAAAUAAAAUCCAAACAACUUGUUUUCAGUCCAGAAAGAGCAGUUUAUCUGAGAAUCAAUUUGAACGUAUUGAAAUUCCGCUCCACAUAGUGCCCAGUAGUAGCAUCGGUCAAGCCUGCCUAGAGUCUCUUGUAGAACUGCCCAGAAUCAUAAGCCAGGAAGAAGAUGAAGCUUAUCAAAGUCUAGCACAGAACUCUGAUAUGAAUCUCGUCACAAAGUUACACAAUGCCUCAGUGUAUAGCUGCAGCCUGGCUCUGAUCAUGGAAGUAUUGAUGGGACCUUUGAUGCAAACACUGGAAGCAAGACAUGAAAGAAAUUUGCUACGUAUCCAAGAACUUACCCAGAAACGGCGCCAACUCUUAAACCAAAUUGAAGCUGGGACAUGAAAUCACAAAGCGGAUAAGCAGGGCUUAAUUUAUUUUUCUUUUUUUUUACAUUAAUCUGUUUAAUAUCCCUAUCUCCACACGACUCCAAAAUGUAUUUAACUGACCCCUUAACCCUGUGAAGUAUUGAAGCAAAACUGCUUUGUCAUCAUGCCAUAAAAAAAUGACUUUGGAAAUAUCAAAAACAGAUUCGUAUAUAUAUCCUAUCUCACCAAAACAAAUCCUGGGAUAUAUAUAAGAAAAAAUAUUGUCAAACUGCUUUAUAUGUUUUACCCCAGCUAUUAAUAAGGCUUAAAGAAACACUUCAAAAGUUAUUUAAAACCCACACAUACACACUGACCAGAAUAGGACAAUUAUGUGCAGCUGUUUGGGCGCUGGUGACUUGGCAUGGCUGACUGGAGAUUAAGUUUCUUUUAGUAACAGUAUUUCUCAGUACUUGAGGCAAACACACACACACAUGUGCAUGCACAGAAAUACAAGGGUAAGCAAAAAUAAGUACACAGUUGUUUAAUACAAGUUGAAUGUUCUUUUCGUUUCUCCAUUUCUGUUUUUAGGAUAAAUGUUAAAAAAUAAGAUUAGUUAAAGAACAUAGAAUUUUUAUCCUAAAAAAAGAAAUUGAGAAAUGAAAACCUUCGUCAUAUUAAACAACUGUAUAUUUACUUUUGCCCACAUCUGUAUACAGGUGAAGAGAAAGUGGAGGAGAGGAAGAGAGAUAUUUGUUUGAAUGGUUCUCUACAGUAAGACACUUGUUCCUGUCCCUCUAUCACACUUCAACUCCUCAUUACUAGGCACAAAGCCACCUCUCUCAAUUGAGGGGUCAUGGGUACAAAGCCACUUCCCUCAGUUGAAGGGUCCUGUCUUGCAAGUUACUUCGUGAUCUUACUGGUGCUGGUAUCAUGUAAAAAAAAAAAUAA